AAGGAUGUACAAAGACUCAUUGCAGGCACAGCAGAAUUUUAACACUGACGCCCCGAGCUUGAGUUGCGCUAAGCACUAUACUGCUCUGGGGGAAGAAAGAAUGUGUACCAAUAUCCAUCAAAUUCUGGAGAAUGAUUGUUUAAAAGAAGCUGUUACAGAGAAGCGUUGUGUUGAGACUAGCACUGUUUUGUCAGACGUUCAGCUGGCUUGUUGUUGGCAAUAUUGUGCCUUCCCCCAUAACAAACGAGACGUGUGUAUUUGGAAUAUCCAUAAUCCUCUUCUGCAGAGCCUGGAAUUAAAAGGCCACCAUCAGUCAGUUACUGCUCUAACAUUUGGGCACCACUCUGAACCAACACUUCUGUGUUCCGCAGCUGAAGAUUAUGUAAUUAUAUGGGAUAUGGAAGCAUGCCAAAUGAGAAUACAACAAGGCUCGGUACUGACAGGAACUAUUGUUGGAACUCUGCUGGGAAAAGUGCUGUACUUAUGCUUCAGUCCAGAUGACCAAAUGAUGGCUGCCUGUGCAGAUAACAAAAUCUAUGUAUUGAACUGUAAGCAGGAGGAUGUUUUGGCAGUCUUCAAAGCCCACCUUGGUGUGGUAACAGCUGCAGAGUUUUGUCCUUGGCAGCCAAACAUACUUGUAUCAAUCUCUGAAGACAGGACCUUUAAGGUUUGGAAUCUCACCAAUAAAUUAUUGCUGUAUCAGUCAGCAGUAUUAUCAAGUAGUCCUCUGUUAAGCUUGUGCAUGGACAGCAGAGCCAAACAAUUUAUUACUGGAUCUGCUAAUGGACAGCUCGAUAUUUUUACAUCACUGAUUGGGCAGCAGUGCCACCGUGUGCUGCAUAUCGACCUACAGAAAGAACAGCAAAAAUAUAACUUCAAGAUCUUGGAAAAAAACAGGUUGUCAGAGAAUUCAGAUGUUGAGUGUACAAGCAGUUUGAGUAAUUGUGGGGCUCUGCAUUACUCUUCUGUCAGUAUCAAUGACAAUGAUUUGGAAAGUGGAUCGUAUGCAUGUAUGGAAUUUCCAGUCCUCAGAAUGAUUCACUGUGAAUAUUUAUUAAGUAGCUUGUUGAAAAAGGAUUCAAGUGUUCCAGGAAAUUCCAGCAGCCUGUGGGUAGGGACGAUACAAGGGAUAUUCAAUAUUAAUCUUGCUACCGGAGAAUUUGAUGCUGCUGUACAAUUGGAAGAUCAUCUUGGGUUAAGCAUUCGGACAGCUGGAUCUUAUGCAAUAGGAAUUAGAAGCACUGACAAGAUUUUCUGCCUUCUUUCUUCUAUGUUUGGAAAGCAUAUUGUUCUGCUGGAAAUUGAUUUACAUGAGCUUGCAAGAAAGUGUCUGCAGUCUAAAAACCAAGGGGAAGCACUCUGUGUCAUUGCCAGGGCUCCUUUGCUGCCCACCUCCCUUUUAAACUGUGAUGCAAAGCAGAAAGAGAAGUCAGCAGUUCUAUCAAAGAUGGUCAGCAGUGUCAAAGACAAGCCGGUGGUGUUUCAUACCAAAGUGAAGUCUUCUGGCUACACCUCAGCACCAAGCAUCAACAUGUUCACACCAAAGUUAAAUCCUCCAAAACAUGCCAGCUCUGCCCUGAAGGAGAAAAAUAACAGUCUCAAGGGAAUUACCAAAGAAUACCCACUGGACAGUCUGGCACCGAGCAAGCUUAGCGCACGAGUUGAUGUUUCAAACCAGCCAACACCUGUCUGCUGCAUCCAGUACUCAGGGGAUGGAAAGUUACUGGCUGUGGGAUUGGCUGACAAAUCCAUGCUAGUUUAUAAUGCUUCACUAAGUGGAUCCCCAGCUGUUUUUACAGGCCAUGAUGGGGCAGUGAACUGCUUGGAUUGGACACAAAAUAAUAAAUGGCUUUUAACAGCAUCAGAAGAUAGGUCAUUAUGGAUCUGGCCAGUUCGUGGCUCAACCCCCGCACUGAUGCUGGGUCUGGAAACACUUUCAAGGCCAGCACGAUCAGCUCAGUUCUAUUAUAUGGACAAAUUUCUGUUGUUCUCUUCAGGAUCUGAGUUUCAGCUGCAUAAAUACCACUUGGAUACAAGCAGGGAUGACAUUAAAAGUUAUAGAAAGAAGAGCAAACACAAAUUGGUUGGCAAGUUCAAGAUGGCUGCCACACAGGAAAUCAGUUGCCUCUCUGCAGUGAAUGACUUCUACUCCUACAUUGUCCUGACAGCUGGCACAAAUCGUGCUUUGGAAGUGUUUGAUCUGAAUGUUGGUCAGAGUGUAGUAACUGUUCCAGAUGCUCAUACUAGACCCGUGCACCAGAUCUGCCAGAACAAUGGAUCAGUGUUUAGUAGUCAGCCUUCAGAAUUAUACAAUCUCUUUCUGACCACUGCUGUAACUGAUGGGAUCAAACUGUGGGACUUGCGCACAUUAAGUUUAAACUUCAAGCCAUGUAAUUAUGCCUGACUUGCCUGACAGUUCUGUACUCCUCCAGAUGAACAUCACCAACUGUUGCAGAAAACACUGAGUCAGAUCUUAAACUUAAAAAAAAUGAAUAAAGAGGAAAAUAAGAAACAGAAUUAGAAGUGGCCCCUUUGCCCUUCAUCCCUGCUUGGCUAUUGAAUAAGAUCUUGAAUAUCAUUGGGGGGGGAAGUACAAGAACCUGAAGGCACACUCAACAAUUUAGGAACACCUUCUUCCCCACUGCCAUUGGAUUUCUGAAUGGUCCAUGAACCCAUGAAUACUACUUUACUAUUACUUUUUUAUCAGCAAUAUUAUUUUUGUAAUUUAUAAUCAUUCUUAUGUCUUUGUGCUGUAUUGCUUCUGUAAAAGAAAAAAAAAAUUCACACUUAAGUCAGUGAUUCCCAUUCAGAUUCUGUUUAGCCUCUGAUCCUCAACAGGAUGUGAAUUCUGAGUGACUGGUCCCUUAUCUUGAGACUGUGAUAAUGGUUCUAGUCACUACAGCCAGUGUUGAGGUCACAAAAUAAGUGACAUCCAAACACCUACCCAUCAAGCCUUGUGAGAACUUGAAGUGUAACUCUGAGAUUCCAAACCCACUGACAUAGUUAAACUGGACACCUAUGCUGAGGAAAUUGACUGACAUUUUGAAGUCCAUUCUGGGAGAUCUCUGUGAACUAUUUAUACCUUGAGAACCCCCUGUGCUAUGACUCUGAUGUAUCGGUAGGUAGUCUGUGCCUGUUCCACUAUGGAAGAAAUAACCCAAAGGACAAAGGGUAGACACAUCCAGUUUAUUUACAAGAAAUCAAUUUCAAAUAGUAAUAAUCAGACCUCUAGAAUUUUGUUUAAUCUUCUCAAGUAAUUAUAUAGUACAAUAAAAAUUGCUUUGAAACUUUGCACCUGGAGUCUAGAAGAAAUCAGAUUUUAUUGUAAGUCAUUAUUUCAAAAACCUUCGUAAAUACCCAAGUUAUUUAAUCAGAAUUAAAUUUUAAAAAAUCAAGUUCUCGAUGUAUUUUUCACUGUAAGUAUAAUGUAUUCUUAACAUGAGAAAGUCUACAGAUGCUGAAAAUCCAAAGCAACAUGUACAAAAUGCUGGAGGAACUCAGCAGGUCAGACGGCAUCUGUGGAGAGGAAGUCAACAUUUCAGACUGACACUCUUCUUCAGGACUGGAAAGGAAGGGGGAAGAUGCCAGAAUAAAAAGAUAGGGGGAGGGGAGGGAAGAUAGCCGGAAGGUGAGAGGUGAAGCUAGGUGGGUAAGAAAGAAAAAGUGCUGGAGAAGAAGGAAUCUGAUAGGAGGGGAGAGUGGACCAUGGGAGAAACGAAGAAGGAGGUGAUAGGUAGGUGAGAAGAGGAAAGAGGCCAAAGGGGGUAAUAGAAGAAGAGGUGAGGUGAGGGAAAUUUUUUUACCAGAAGGAGAAAUCAAUAUUCAUGCUAUCAGGUUGGAGGCUACCCAGACGGAAUAUAAGGUAUUAUUCCUCCACCUUGAGGGUGGGCUCAUCUUGGCAGAAGAGGAGACCAUGGACCAAUGUGUCAGAAUUGGAAUGGGAAUUAAAAUGUUUGAGCACUGUGAAGUACCGCUUUUUGUGGAUGGAGCAGGGGUCCUCAAUGAAGCAGUCCCCAAUUUGCAAAAGGUCUCAGCAACGUAGAGGAUGCCACUUUGGGAGUAUCAGACACAAUAUAUGAUCCCAGCAGAUUCAUGGGUACUUGGAUGCACAAUAUAAAAUAGGUAGUAGUCAGCACGGUUUCCUUAAGGGAAAAUUUUGCCUGACAAAUGUGUUUGAAUUCUUUGAGGAAAUAACAGGCAGGAUAAACGGUGGAGAAUUGAUGGAUAUUGUGAACUUGGAUUUUCCAAAGGCCUUUGACAAGGUGCCACAUGAGGUUGCUUAGGAUGUUAAGAACACAUGGUAUUAUAGGAAAGGUAUUAGUAUGGAUAGAGCAUUGGCUAAUUGGCAGGUAGCAAAGAGUGGGAAUAAAGGGAACCUUUUCUGAAUGGCUGCCAGUGGUCUAUGUUGGGAUUACUUCUUUUUAUGUUGUAUGUCAAUGAUUUGAAUGAAGAAUUCAUGGUUCUGUGGCCAAGUUUGCAGACGAUACAAAGAUAGGUGGAGUGUCUGCAGAAGGAUUUAGACAGAUUGAAAGAAUGGGUAAAGCAGUGGUAGAUGGAAAACAGUAGCAGGAAAUGUGUGGUCAUACGCUUUGGUAGAAGGAAUAAAGGCGUAGACUAUUUCCUAAACGGAGAAAAUUCAAAAAUCUGAGGUGCGAAGAGACUUCGGAAUUCUCAUGCAGGAUUCCCUAAAGGUUAACUUGCAAGUUGACCUAGUGGUGAGGAAGGCAAAUGCAGUUUUAGCAUUCAUUUCAAGAGAACUAGCUGAGGCUUUAUAAGGGCUCAUUUAGAGUAUUGUGAGCAGUUUUGGGCUCCUUAUCGAAGAAAAGAUGUGCUAAAACUGGAGAGGUUUCAGAGGAGGUUCACAAAAAUGAUUAUGGGAUUGAAAGGCUUAUCAUUUGAGGAGCGUUUGAAGGCUCUGGGCCUGUAUUCACUAGAAUUUAGAAGAAUGAGGGGAAUCUCACUGAAACGUAUUGAAUGUUGAAAGGCCUAGAUAGAGUGGAUGUGAAGAGGAUGUUUCCUGUAGUGGGGGAGUCUAGGACCAGAGGAUACAGCCUCAGAAUUGAGGGACGUCCAUUCAGAUAAGAGAUGAGGAGGAAUUUCUUUAGCAUAAGGGUGUGGAGGCCAGGUCAUUGAGUGUAUUUAAAGUGGAGGUUGAUAGAUUCUUGAUAAGUCAGGACAUGAAAGAUUAUGAGGUGAAAGUAGGAGAAUCGGGUUGAGAGAGAAAUGGCCUAAUUCUGCUUGAUGACAUUGACAUCUUAGUUUUCUGGAAAAUAUUUGCUAAAGAGAGGAUGUCAUUAAACGAGAAAGAGUGCAGGAAAGAUUAAAAAGGAUACUGUUUGGAGUGGAGUUACAAGGAGAGGCUGGAUAGGCUGGGGCUUUACCCUCUGAGUGUAGAAGGUUAAGAGCUGACCUUAUGGAGAUUUAUAAAAUCAUGAGGGGUAUAGAGAAGGUGAAUGCUCAGUCUUUAUACCAGGGUGGACAAGAACUAUAGGGCAUUGAUUUAAGGUGAGAGGUGAAUUUAAAUGGAACCUUUAACAUUUUCACACAGCGUGUGGUAAGGUAGAGUAUAUAGAAUGAAUUGCCAGAGGAAGUGCUAGAGGUGGGUAUGAUAACAAUUCUUAAAACUCAUUUAGAAAGAUGUAAAGAUAGAAAAGGUUUAGAGGUAUACAGGCCAAAUACAGGCAAAUGGGAUUAGUUCAGGUAGGUAACUACCUGUGUACCAUGGGGGUGGUAUGGUAGCAUAGUGGCUAGUGCAAUUGCCAGCGAUUACCAAUCAAGGUUCACUUGCUGCUGUCUGUAAGGAGUUUGUAUAUUCUCCCUGCGACCACAUGGGUUUCCUCGGAUGUUGCAGUUUCCUCCCACGUUCCAAAGACGUAUAGUUAGGGACAGGGUUAGUGAGCUAUGGGCAUGCUAUGUUGGUGCCAGAAGUGUGUCGAUACUUUGGGUUGCCCCAGCACAAUCCUCGAGCUGUAUUAGUUGUUGAUGGAGAACAGUGCAUUUCACUGAUUGUUUUGAUGUAUGUGUGUCAACUAAAGCUAAGCUUUAUCUUAAAAAAAACUUGUUUGUCAUAUAUGUGUUGGAUUAGAGGGCUUUUUAUCCUUGCUGUAUAACUGUGAUUCUAAAGCAAAGGUAUAAGCAGUUUAGAAAGAUAAAUAAUUUAACGUGAGUCUGAGAGAUAAAUAAUUAAUCUAAAUUUGUACCCAUCUCUACUACUUCCUCUGGCAUCUCCUUCCAUGUACCUCCAACCCUCAGUGCGAAAAAUGCUAUUCCUUUAAAUUAUUCAUCUUUCUAAGCUGGUUCAUGUGUAGUAGUUUCAGAUUUAAUAUGAAGAGAAAUUUGCUAGUUUAUUGCAGAGAGAGCAGC